GCGCGACUCACAUGAUAUACGGCAAAAAACAUUAAUUCAUAGCAACGUAUAAAGUAGAGAGUCUUGACACUUCAACUUGUUAUAUCUCUCUCUCUUUGAACAUGAGUGUAACAAGACGAUCCCCAAAGCCUGCCAAAACACACAGAAUCUUUUCUAUGGGUUCGUGGACCGGUCUAUAGUCUCACGUGCAAAACAAAACAUACAACAUCUCUCUGAUCUCUAUAUAUCUUCUACUCUUCAUAUAACUCAGUUGAUUCGAUUUUCUUUGGUAAUUAUUCUGUUAUUACUAUAUAUAAAUCAGCUUUAUACCCUCACAAGCUUCUUCUCUCUUCCAUGGAUCUAAACCACAAUCUUGUUUGACCUUCUUGUUUUUUUUUCUCUUUCCUUUCUUCUUCAAUCUUCUUCAAUUCUGCUGAGUUUUUUAAGAGAAUAUUUUCUAUUAAUCCUUUUAAUUAUUAUAGAGGUAUCAUUACGAGUUUAAUUUCCCUAAAGUGUGUCUUUACCUUUUGACUUGUCUACCUCUCGAGACAAAAAGAGAAACACAAACACUUUCUGUCUUUUUUUCUCUCUCUCUCUCUCUUCGACCCUUUUCAUAAAUUUUUAGAGUAUAUUUUCAACUAAUUUUGUAGCUAAUUAUGGCCUUAGAGGCUGUUGUUUACCCGCAAGAUCCAUUCUCCUACAGCUCCUGCAAAGAUUUUCCGUCUCACGAUUUAUACUUUCAACAAGAAGAAGAUCAAGAUCCACUAGACAUCAAGAAUAACAUCAAGCUAGGGCAAGAACAAAGACAAGGGUUUGCGAGUAUUAACUACAGCGGAGAUAACAAUGAUGAUUAUAGUUACAACGACCAUGCGGAUCUUCAGUGGCCACCAAACGAGCUUCCUUAUGGAUCUGUCGUCGACACCAAGAACCAUCCUCCGCCCUCGGAUGUGGCCACUGGAGGAGAGAGGAGGAAGAGGAGGAGAACUAGGAGUAGCAAGAACAAGGAAGAGAUUGAGAACCAGAGGAUGACUCACAUCGCCGUCGAGAGAAAUCGCCGGAAACAAAUGAACGAGUAUCUAGCCGUUCUCCGUUCUCUCAUGCCACCUUCUUAUGCUCAAAGGGGAGAUCAAGCGUCAAUAGUAGGCGGAGCCAUUAACUACUUAAAGGAGCUUGAGCAACAAUUACAAUCAAUGGAGCCUCCCGUAAAGACCACCGCCAAAGAAGACGCCGGAGCCACCGCAGGAGACCAGAAAAACACAAUCGCCACCAGCUCAUCCGAACCAUUCUCAGAUUUCUUUGCGUUCCCUCAAUACUCAAGCCGGCCUUCUUCGUCGUCUGUGGCUGAGGGGACGGCGGAGAUAGAGGUUACGAUGGUGGAGAGCCAUGCAAGUGUGAAGAUACUUGCUAAGAAGAGACCUAAACAGCUUCUUAAACUGGUGGCAUCGAUACAGAGCCUAAGGCUCACACUUCUUCAUCUCAAUGUCACCACUCAUGACAACUCCGUCCUCUAUUCCAUCAGCCUAAAGGUUGAAGAAGGGAGCCAGUUGAAUACAGUGGAAGAUAUUGCAGCAGCUGUGAAUCAAAUCCUUAUGAGGAUUGAAGAAGAGUCACCCUUUAGCUGAUAUAGUUGAAUUUUAGUUAUGACACUAUUAGAGGAACUCAAAAUUUUCACGUGUGAUAAUUUACUCUCUUUCUUAUAUUAAAAUAAAAAUUAUAUUUAACUUUUUAUGGGUCUUUUUGUGUGUUUCUACUUUUGAAAUGUGAUGAUGUUUCAUGCGUCCUUUGCUUUUAUAAUCCCUUUUUAG